AUGAGGGUCAGGAGUCCCUCUGGAGAGCUGACGGGGCCCCGGGCUGUGCCAGCGGACAGCACGUUGAGCGUGGCACUGCUGGAGGCCCGCAUCGGCUGCUGCUGGCCGGACUCGGAGACCACAGCCCCCGGGGUCCCCGAGGACCCUCCUCCUCCAGACACGAGCCAGACCCUCUGUUUCACUGGAAUUGAUGCCGCCGAGCCUGCCCGCCACCUCUUAAAAAAUGCAGAGCAAGGCGAUGACGGGAAUGUGGCGCCGGAGACCGAGGGCGGCGGGCGCGGGGGCGACGCCGGGCGGAUGGGCGCCAGCGCUGGACACGCGUCCUCUCCCAGGCCCCCUGGUCCCCUGGCCUGCCUGCACGCGCCGGAGGAGGCGCAGGAGGAUGCGGCCCGGGCGGCCGAGGAGCCGCAGCUGCUGCACGGAGCCGGCAUCUGUAAGUGGUUCAACGUGCGCAUGGGAUUCGGCUUCCUGUCCAUGACUGCCCGCGCCGGGGUCGCACUCGACCCCCCGGUGGAUGUCUUUGUGCACCAGAGUAAGCUGCACAUGGAGGGCUUCCGGAGCCUGAAGGAGGGUGAGGCCGUAGAGUUCACCUUUAAGAAGUCUGCCAAGGGCCUGGAAUCUAUCCGAGUCACUGGCCCUGGUGGGGUGUUCUGUAUUGGAAGUGAGAGGCGGCCCAAAGGGAAGAACAUGCAGAAACGCAGAUCAAAGGGAGACAGGUGCUACAACUGUGGAGGUCUAGACCAUCAUGCCAAGGAAUGCAAACUGCCACCCCAGCGCAAGAAGUGCCACUUCUGCCAGAGCAUCUACGAUAUGGUAGCCUCGUGUCUACUGAAGGCCCAGCAAGCUCCCAGCUCACAGGGAAAGCCAGCCUACUUUCAGGAGGAGGAAGAAGAGAUCCAUAGCCCUGCCAGGCUCCCAGAGGCCCAGAAUUGAGCCACAGUGGGUGGGGCCUAUCCGUUUGUGAUCAGAGAGAUUUGAGGAACAGGCAUC